AUUAUUUCCUUUUGCCUUCCGAGGACCAACAAGAUACAUCACAAUUCUUUAACACGGAAGUGUGUUUCUUUUUUCCUUUUUCUGUAAAAAGUGCCUGACUUAGAUGGUUAUGAACCUUUUCUAUGCUUUGUGCAUUCUAUUGCACGUUGCUGUAGCAUACCCAAAUGAUAUGGUCCGCGAGAGGCGAAUAGUUGGUGGUCAGACGAUGAAGAGAGGAGAAUGGCCCUUCUUGGCCUCCUUACAUUAUCUGAAGCCGUUUCCAUUCACACGUAAAACCCACAUGAAACAUCUUUGUGGAGGAGCCCUGAUUCAUCCCCAAUGGAUACUGACAGCUGGACAUUGUGUUGGAUUUUUCGAGGAAUUGGCCGUGGAAGACAAUUGGAACGUUGUUCUUGGGGAACACAAUCAAUAUCUAAGGGAUCUCGAGGAGCAAAUAAUCAAACCAGAAAGCUUCUUCCUACACCCUGGCUUCCUACCACACGUGACAAAUACUUUACAGAAUGACAUUGCGCUUAUCAAGCUGACGGAAGAAGCGAAAUUAACAGCGUAUGUCGGAGUUAUCCCUUUAUCUAACACUAGCAGUAUUAAAGACGAUACAGAAUGUCAGAUUGGAGGCUGGGGGCAGCUGGCUAGUGAUCCUUACGGCUGGGGUAUGUAUAUACCUCUCAAAACCACGCUGUACGUGAUCAACAAUAACACGUGCGAUGAGGUAUACAAGAAGCUCGAGUACAAUGAUGAUGAUAUACACAUGGUUAUUGACCACACAGUGCUAUGUGCCGGAAUUCCGGAAUAUAUGCAGACACAAAACCAAAAUGAUAACAACGGGAAUCCGGACGCAUGCAACGGUGAUUCAGGAUCUCCACUUUUGUGUCCAACAGGUCCCGGCGGAGAAUUUGAGGUUGCCGGAAUCGUAUCCGCCGGCAAAGGGUGUGGCACUGGUGUUUACCCCGGAAUUUACGCAAACACCGCACACUACGUUAACUGGAUCAGAGAGGUCAUGGAAAAUAACUGAAAUCGGUCAUUGUCUAUCUAAUAAUAUAUCUAAUUAUCUAU